AUGCCGGAUUGGAAGUCGCCCGGGGUGGAUGGGAUAUAUACCUACUACAUCAAGUGGCUCAAGUCUCUGCACAGAGUCACUUACAGGCUAGUGGAGGAGGCAUGCUCGUACGGCAAACCGCAAGACGACUGGUUCUACUGUGGGAUCACCCACCUCCAACCAAAAGGAAACAAACCAGUAUCGGCUUCGCAGUACAGGCCGAUCACGUGCAUGUCUAACUUAUACAAGCUAACUACCCGGUGUGCAACGGAAGCGCUAAAGCGCGAAGUCGCGGGCAGGGGACUACGGUCCGAGAACCAGAUGGGCACGAGGAGCAACGUACAGGGUGCGAAGGAGCACGCGUUGUCGAACAUCGCGCUCAAUGAGAAGCACAACGGACAGUUAUGCGCAGUGUGGAUCGACUUCAUGAAGGCGUACAACUCUAUUGACCACGAAUACUUGGCACUGGUUAUUGAGAACCUGCACUUGCCAGGGUGGUUAUCAUUCUUCGUCAAGCAAACGGUGAAGAAGUGGAAUAUAGAGAUAAGGUGGCACAACAACACUCUCAUGCACAAGAAAGUCGAGCGGGGCAUACUACAGGGUGAUAGCCUGUCGCCUCUCCUCUUCGCCUUGUGCUUGGACCCGCUGAGCAGGCACCUGACCCGCCUUUUCCCCACGGUGGAGCUAGACCUGCCAGGCGACCGGAUCUUCGCGACAAAUCACUUUCUCUAUAUCGACGACCUCAACUUUUCGCCCACGAGGAGAGCACGAUUAUCGGCAUGA